UGCACAACAUUUUGGAGGUGAGGACAGAUUAAGGAAGUGUAAGGGUAGAGCAGUAAUUAUCAAACAGCGUGGAAGAGCUUAGCUCACAGUUGAAGGAUAUUCUAGGAUUAAAAACAAACCAACCUCGAAAGAUGAUUCAUAUCAGAACCUAUAGUUUGAAGCUUCUUUAUCCAUUCAUCAGCUGAUGGGCGCUUGGUUUGUUUCUACUUUUUGGCUGUUAGAAGAAUGCUGCUGUCAACAUUCACAUACAUGUUUUUGUGUGAACAUGUGUUCAGUCCUCUUGGAUAUAUACCUAGGAGUAGAAUUGCUGGUUCAUAUGGUAACUCAGCUUUUUCAGGAGCUGCAAAGCCGAUUUCCAUAGUGGCUGCACCAUUGACAUCCCCGCCAGCAAUGUGUGAAGGUUCUGAUUUCUCCACAUCAUCAUCAGCACUUGUUACUUACCUUUUUAAAUUAUAGCCAUCCUAGUGGGGAAAGCUCUAAUUUUAAAAAAUAAUAAGUUUUUCUAUGUGGCAUUCUAAAUGACCAAACACUGGUAAAUUAUAGUGAUUUGACUCUUUAGAUGGAUUGAUUAGAAUGUGAUGUAAAUAAAGUGUAUUUUUUUACUUAAUUGAUUUUUAGAUAGAGGAAGGGGAGAGAGAUAGAUGGAUUUGUUCUUCCAGUUAUGUAUGCAUUCGUUGCAUUCGUUAGUUGUUCUUGUAUGUGCCCUGACUGGGCAUCAAACCCUAAACCUUAGUGUGUAUCAGGACAAUUCUCUAACCAACUGAGCUACCCCACCCAGGCGAGCCCAGUCUUAGUGUAUGCUGUGUUAAUUUCUCUUACCAUAAUUCGCCCAGAUUACUCACAGGUAAAUGCUUACAAGAGAGUUAGACUAAUUCUUCCAUCUCAGGAGGAACAAGUCUAAGGACCUGCCCUGCUAAUAAGACGGUUAGCAAGGUGACCUUGGCAUAAAGGCAGCGUAUACUCACUUUUGUAUUUCUGUCCCUCUCUUCUAUCUCUUUCGUUUAUAUCCUGCCUAACCAGCAAGGGAUUUGAGAGGAUUUUCAUUAUGAUUAUGUUGUAUGGAAUAAUGACAAAUAUCUCUAAGAAUAGAAUCAGAACCAGAAAAAAUAGGGAUGGAAGAAGGGAAUCUUAUGUAGAACAUGAUCAUAGGGGCUCAUAUAAAGGUGUCAUCGAAUAUCAUGUUUGACCAUCAGCUUAUUAUCUGGCAAAGUUACUAAAAAGAGACAUGAUCUGUUACACAUCUAAACUUCAGACUUUUUCUCUAAAGAAGCAAAGUUUUUCAUAACUCUGAAUUAAAAAAAAGAAACAAGUCUCAGGUGGGACUUUACAUAGUGGAAGUAAACUGCAGAGAAAGUGUAUAGAGGUGUCCUCACUAAAGCAUUGGUAGCAUAAGUAUAAUUUUUAAUUGUGAUACACUAGUGUGGGCUGUAUUCAUAUUUGUCACACGUUCGUUCAUGUCUCUUGCUAUUUUAUGAAAAUUUUAACUCUAGGUAUUAAUGAUUAUCUUUUUAAAAAUCAUAUUUUUCUUCUAUUUGUAUACUGUGUUUUCCAGAAUGCAUACAUAGAAGAUUGGGACAAGAUCUUUAUCUAAUUUCUGUGGCAAAAUUAAAGACUUGUCAUGACAAUGAAGAAAGAGACUGAAUUUGUCAUUUUCACCUAAAGAAAAAUGAUAGACAGAAAUCAAACCUGUGGUAUAGGACAGGAUUCUAUGCCCUAUAUGAGUUGUUUGAUUCACAUAUUUGAAGAAUGGUUUGGCGUGGAACAAUUGGAGGACUAUUUGAAUUUUGCAAACUAUCUCGUAUGGGUUUUUACACCACUAAUACUUUUAAUACUUCCGUACUUUACCAUUUUUCUUCUCUACCUUACUAUUAUUUUCUUACACAUUUAUAAGAGGAAGAAUGUAUUAAAAGAAGCCUAUUCUCAUAAUUUAUGGGAUGGUGCAAGGAAGACAGUAGCAACUCUGUGGGAUGGACAUGCAGCAGUUUGGCAUGGUUAUGAAGUUCAUGGAAUGGAAAAAAUACCAGAAGGACCAGCCCUUAUAAUUUUUUAUCAUGGAGCUAUUCCCAUAGAUUUUUACUACUUCAUGGCUAAAAUUUUUAUCCAUAAAGGCAGAACUUGCCGAGUAGUAGCUGAUCACUUUGUCUUUAAAAUUCCAGGGUUUAGUUUAUUACUUGAUGUAUUUUGUGCUCUACAUGGACCAAGAGAAAAAUGUGUUGAAGUUCUGCGGAGUGGUCACUUGUUAGCUAUCUCACCAGGUGGAGUUCGAGAAGCCCUCAUUAGUGAUGAAACCUACAACAUCGUAUGGGGUAAUCGUAAAGGCUUUGCUCAUGUUGCAAUUGAUGCAAAAGUGCCCAUUAUUCCUAUGUUUACACAAAAUAUUCGAGAAGGAUUUAGAUCACUUGGAGGAACAAGGUUAUUUAGGUGGCUUUAUGAAAAAUUCCGCUAUCCAUUUGCUCCAAUGUAUGGAGGUUUUCCAGUGAAGUUACGUACCUAUUUAGGUGAUCCCAUUCCAUAUGAUCCAAAGAUAACAGCAGAAGAAUUAGCUGAAAAGACGAAGAAUGCUGUUCAAGCUUUGAUUGAUAAGCACCAAAGAAUACCGGGAAACAUUAUGAGUGCUUUGUUAGAACGUUUUCAGAAAAACCAAAACAGUCACUAGAAGAUGAUUUAAUAUAUUUAUACUGAUAUGUUUGUGUCUAUGGUACUGUCUUCUAAAUUUUGUAGGUUCUAUACUUAGUAUUUUUGUAGAAAUCAUGUUAAUAACCAUCUUUUGAUGAACUUGUUUAAAAUAGCAUUGAAAAUUUUGUUUUACUCAGUCAUGUCAAAUUUAAACAACUCAUUACGGCGCCUAAUAAUUCAGAAAAUGAUCAUGUUUUCUUUUUAUAAAUUCCUAACAAUGUAUGACAAAUAUAUAGAUUAUUAGAGUUAAGUUUAUUAAGAACAGCAAUUUAGGUUAAACACAUAUUCCUAAAUAAGGUAUCUAAUUUCUGUAUCUGUUGCACUGAGCUAAUUUUCAAGAUGGUAUAAUCUAGGGUUGGUACAGAUGCUUAAAUUAUGGGGGGGAAAUGCUCUUAUUUGCCUUUCAUUCCCUUCAUGACCUUGGGCAUGUCACAAUGUUUUUGUUCCCUUCAUGACCUUGGGCAAGUCACAUAAUGUUUUUGUGCGUCAGCAAUGCCAGAGGGGAGGGGGGAGGGAUGACUGGAUAAAGAAGGUGAAGGGGUUAGCUAAGGAACAGAUAUGAGCACCCCAUGGACAGUGACAAUAGUGUGGGGAAGGUCAAAGGAGGGGGAGGGGAGGGGCGCAAAGUGCGGGAAAGUGGGGACCAUCUGCAAUAGUGUCAACAUUAAAAAUUUUUAAUUAAAAACAAAACAAAAAAGUUUACUUUUUAAAAAAUGUUAAUACUAUGGUGAAUGUUAUUUUAAACUUUUUAUAUUUGCUGUGCUUGAUAACUGUAGAAUUGAAAUUAUAACUGAAUUAAUUAAGACCAAGGUCUUUCAGAAGUUUAUGUAUGUGUUUUGUCGUAGGAUGUUUAAAUUAUUCCUUCAGG